AAAGAGAUAAUUGGAGAAAUACGACAGCACGAAUCCGUCGUUUCUUCAAACCGAAACGACAAGGCGAUAAAUUACCGUUUCGCUUUCCCUUUCUUUCUUUGAGAAGGCGUCGUAACAGAACACGACGACUCCUGAAGGAAGUGGGCAAAAAUUGAAGAUAAGGAUCAGUGGCAGAGAGAGAUAACGAACAAGCUAGCUAUUUGGUUAUGUUACUCAAAGGAUUUACAUAUUAAUCUUCUGCUGACUUCUGCUGAGUACAAAAUUGAAAGCAAACAAGUUUUGGCUUCCAAAAGUACAAGACUACGAGUUGAUAAGAACAUAUUCAUCUACUGCCAAAGGCCUGAAGUUGAACCAUGGAUUGUUCAGCUGCAAGAAAAACACAAAAGGCUGACCGUGAAAAGUUAAGGAGGGAUCGACUCAAUGAACAAUUCGUAGAACUGGGUAACAUUUUAGACCCUGAUAGGCCCAAAAAUGACAAAGCAACCAUUAUAGGUGAUACAAUUCAAUUGCUGAAGGACCUAACUUCUCAAGUUAGUAAACUCAAAGAUGAAUAUGCUACGCUAAAUGAAGAAUCUCGUGAGUUGACUCAGGAGAAAAAUGAUCUCAGGGAAGAGAAGGCAUCUCUUAAAUCUGAUAUUGGCAACUUGAAUAAUCAGUAUCAGCAGCAGCUGAGGACCAUGUUUCCAUGGACUGCAAUGGAUCAUUCAGUUAUGAUGGCUCCACCAUCAUAUCCAUAUCCAGUGCCAAUGGCAGUACCUCCUGGUCCAAUUCCCAUGCAGCCAUACCCCUUCUUUGCUAAUCAACAUCCUGCAGUCAUCUCCAACCCCUGUUCAACUUAUGUUCCUUAUUUAGCCCCCAAUACGAUUGUUGAACAACAAUCCACCCAGUACGUAUCCCCUCCACUACAUCCUUGUGGUCGGUCCAAUGUGUCAGGAAAACAAGAGUCCAAGAGCAAGUCAUCCAGGGAGAGCAAGGCUGAAAAGAAUGAGGAUUCUAAUGAUGUCACUACAGACCUCGAGUUGAAGACUCCUGGGUCUUCUGCUGAUCAGGAUUUAUCAUCCAGACAAAGAAAAUCCAGCAAGUUGUCAAGGAGGGAAAGCAGUUGCACAGAAGGAAGUUCAUUAGGUAGGUGUUCUUCUUCUCGCAGUGUUCAGGACAGCUCAUCGAGCAGUGUGGCGGCAAGCAGAAAGGAUAAUGAAUGAAAAAGUAGACAAGUUAGUCAAGUUCUCGUGCCUUGAAGCCGCUGAAAUUUUUCAUUGUGCAUCUGCUGCUACUCUGGAGGUGUAAGUCAUUCUGUUCUAAUCCCAAAAUAAAAGUCACUUCUGCUAUCUCUUCCUGACCAAGAAUUUGGUCCAAGUAGGUUUAAAUCUUACAUAAUUUAAGCAUAAACUUCCCCUUUUGGGGGAAAAACUUGAAAUUUCAGCUGGAAAAUCACCAAAUUGACCAGUGUGGCUAUCGUGUAGGUUUGUAAACUCUUUCAUAGUUGUUAGAAUGCAUGAUUCGAUACAAUUCAGCAAGCUAACAAUUUGUAUCAUGCAAUGAAUUGUCGAUGACUUUGAUCUGUACAAUACUUGCAUUAAUUGAUGAUAUCAAUGCAAUUUCAUAUAGUCAGUACAAA